AUGAGAGCUUCGUGUGUUACUUUUCUGGCCCUUCUUUGCUGCUCCUUGGGAUCCGCCAAGCUCUUCGAUGAUGAGCUGCGCGAACUGACGGAGUUUCUGCGUUUGCAGAUGCGAUGUGGAUAUCCGGCUAGAGGUGUUCCCAUUUUGGCCCCAGCCGAGAUUUCCUACAAGGAAAUCGGCAUCAGAACUGAUAACUUUGGUUGUAAUGGAAACUUCACUGAACUGAUUAUCGAAGGUCUGGAUGGCUACGAAUUCUCCAAGCUGGAAUGGAACAACGUUCUGCACACCAUCAAGUUUGAUAUCAACUUCCCCAAGAUAUCCCUGAAGAGCUCAAACUAUAAGCUUAAUAUAUUGGCUCGCCUUUUUGGCGGCGAUUUCUCCCUGUGGGGUGAUGGUGUGUUUAGUCUGGAGUUGAUCAACUUCCGAGCUUAUGGUAGCUUCGUUAUUCGUCCUAAAUCGGCCACCAGUGGGGUGUACGCAAAAAGCUGGAAGGUCAACUGGGAGUUGGAGGAGGCUAGAUCGCAGACUACGGGCAUAAUGAAUAGUCGUCUGUAUUCGAAAUUCGUCAACGAUUUGGUUAAGGAGUAUCUGGAAAUCCUGAUCAAUGACAAUCCCGAAGAAGUUUCUCAGUUUAUGGAGGAACUUAUUGUGCCGCCAAUGAACUUGGUGCUGGAUAAUAUAGCCUGGUACGAGAUUACCGCUAUCAUUUUGGGUCUGGUUGAUGGAAUUCUGCCGGUUGAGCCGAUUUGCUGAAGUACUGCCGUUGAGGAAGUCGACUGCCAGGUGUUCAAGUGUUUAAAUGUGAAUAAAUGGCUUAGGAAAUAUUUGAUAACAAAUUAAGUGGAA